AUGACAAGUCUACUCUCAAGCAACUUGGUGCGCAAACGCCCGCCGAACUACCAGCGGCCCGGUUAGCUCAGUCGGUAGAGCACCAGACUCUUAAUCUGGCUGUCGCGGGUUCGAGCCCCGCAUCGGGCUUCAAUCACCUUUUUGCUUUUUAUAGAGUUUUUGUAAAGCUUGUUCGUUCAUAAUCUUUAAAGAGAUCUUUCUGAAUGGAAUUUUUCUUGAAUUGAUCUUUCAAAAAAAUAAUUUUUAAAAUUUUAUCGAGUUGAAAUUUCAGAAUGUUCAAAAAUUAAGGUUCAAAAUAGGCCAUUUCGCAAGCUUCUUCCCCCAAAUGAAGCAAAUUUAGGCUAAAAAAAGGGAACAUUUAGAAUGGGAUGGAAUGUUGGGAGCCGAACGACACGCGCCUUAUUUGGAGAUGAAUGCCCCCGGAGGCCACGCCUCCUCCAGUCGUCGUGCCACUCGCUCUGCUUCCUUUCUCCGUUUUUUUCCCCUCCUCCUUCCGCCCAUUUCCAGAAAAGCUCGAGUGUGUUGGGUUUUAUUGACCACAUGACUUUACUUACACUCCGAAAUACGUCUUCUUACUGAAGUUUUUCAUGCAUUUUUUUCUGCUUGAAAGCAAUUUUUUUAGUUCAUUCAAUUGCUUUUUUUGCUUUUUAUUCAGAGAGUCGCUCAUUAUUCUGAGUUUUUACACCAUUUUCUUUUUGUCCUCGUUAUUUUUUUAUAAAGUUUAUUUAAAAAUUCAAGAUGUUGAAGACCCAUUUGGGUAAUUUUCUAUCCUUUCAAGACUAGAUUUUUUUCGCUAAUAAUUCAGUUUUUCUUUCCAAAAAAAUAUCAAAAUCAAAAUAUUGCAAAUAAAAAAAUAUCUAAAAAAACUAGGCCCUGAAAUAAAUCCCUGAAAUAAGCGUCAAAAAAAUAUACAGCAUGACUUGAAACUUUUUAAGGUCAAUCUUGUUUUUCUUCCAAAAAAAUUUUUGGUAGUUUUUUGAUACCUUCAAAUUGCAAAUUACAGCUUUCUAUGUGCUUUUGCAAAAAGUUCGAGAAGUAAUUUCAAUUUUUCCCUGAACAAACGCCUAAUUAUUUAACCCUUUUUGCGCAAAAAUUUUUGAUUGAAAGUCCACCUCCAUGUAUUUUUAUUUGGCGAAUAAAUUCUUGCAAGGGUCGAUUUCUAAUCCUUAUUGUUUUAAUUAUGAAACUUAGUUUUUUUGAGCGGAGAAGCUCAAAAAAAUGAGCACUUUCUGUUUUUUUCGCUUACUGUAUCUUUUAACAGUUCAUUGCGUACAAUACGCCUUCUCACGACAGUUUCUCUUUUUUCAGACAUGCAAUCUCGUGAUUUUCAGUCUUUUUUUAAUAUCGUCUGGUUCAUAUCUAGUUUCAUUUGCACAAAAGAUUGAAUUUGUGCUUUGCAGGAAGUUUUUUUCCAAGGAUUAUGCCAUCGAAAAGAGCCGACGAUGACGAAAAGCAAAAGGAUUAAAGUUCAGAUUCGGGAAAAAGACUUGGUGAAUUUUUCGUUUCUUGUGAUAUUAAGAUAAUUUGAAGGUUUUUAUUGAAAUUUUUAAGUUAUGCGUGAACGGAUGCGGUUUUUACGGCACCCCGCAAUGGGAGAAUCGGUGUUCCAAGUGCUGGCGAGCGCAUCAAGUGGUCGUGAAGAGGGACCAGGAUUUCGCCAGAAAUCGGUCGGUUUUUGGCUUGGGAAGGAAGGGGAUACUCUCCAAAUUUAACAAAUUGUCUUAAAAUGCCUAACUUUUGUCAAAAAUGGUCAAUUUUUCACGAUUUUUGUCAGAAAUUUCAGGCGAUCCAGGUUUUAAAAACGUAGUACUUUCUUACAAAAAUUAGCUGAAACUGGAUUUUUGCUCAUUUUCUCAAACAAAUUGUUUCAAUAAGUUUAAUCAUCCUUGUAUUCUCCAGGGAAAAAUUAAAUCGGAUGACUUAUACCGCGCUUUUUUUCCUUGAAGUCCAACGAGUUAUGAAUUCUCUAGAGAAAAUAUCAUUUCGAAUUUCUUUUUUUAGUGCGCGUUUUUAGUGUGAUAAUGAGCUUUUUCUAACUCAAAAAGUUCAUUUUUUUCCGUUUCUCUUUAAAAGCACUUUUUGUCAUGCAAAUGCGGACUUUUUAUAAAAUUUUGGCUAGCUUCUUAGGUAAAAAAAGUAUUUUUAUUCAUUUUUCCUUCCACAGAAGACUUGUUACCAUAUGAACUAAUUUUGAAAAAAAAAUGUUUGAGUGAUUUCUCAUGCACUUUUCUGCCUGACGAUAUGAUGUUUGUUGACAAAUUGGCUUGAUAAAAAAAUGAUUUUUGUUGAUUUUUUCUUCAAAAACCUGUAAGUUUUCAUUAUAAUUUUAAUGUUUUUUUAACAGUAUUUUAUGGAAAAAAACAUUCAUUUUAAAGAUUCGGAAUGUACUCUUUGUCAUGUAAUUAUGGAUUUUUGGUUGUUUUCGAUUGAAAAACUUGCCUUUCUUGCAGAUUUUUAUCAAGUUUUUACCCAUUUUUUUGUUCGAAAAAAAUUCAAAUUUUCUCUUUAUUUUUUUGCGCCUAAAGUCACAAGAUUCACACUAAAUAAUCUCUUUUUCUUCGAAUUUUUUUCGUUUUUCAGAACCCUCCUAAGCUUCGACCAGUUCCAAGAAAGACGGAAAACGACGCUGGAGAACCGGAUGAGCAUUAAAAGGCUUACGGAUCGACUUCUAGCCUCCUCGCCUUCGAGUAGGGGCUUUUUCUUGAAAAUUUUUAGGGGAGAGUUUUUCUAGCUUGAUGGUUUGGUUGAUUUUAGAGAGUUUUUUUUGGGUUUUCAGCGAUAUUUUGAUAAAAAAUGCUUUUCAUAGUAUAAAAUUAUACUUGUCCAUUGUGAAAAAAAUGGCGGUUUUGACAAUUUUAAUCCGGCUUCUGGUUCAAGUUUUUGUAUCAUUGGUAACAUAGGCAAAGUCAAAAAGUGGAAAAACGGCUCCAUUUUUUUGGGCUAUUUCAUUGGCUGUUUUGGACCCUUUUUGCCGCCUUUUUGCACCAUUUCAUUGGCUGUUUUUGAACCUUUUUUGCUGUCUCUCCCUUUUUUUCCAUCAUUUUUUUGAGCUUUUCAAAUCACAGAAAGGAUGGAAGGUUCGAUAGAGGGACCCUUUUUGCCGCCUGUUUGCUGUCUUUUUUGCUGCCUUUUUGCGACCUUUUUUGAGCCUCUCCUUUUUAGCGGUCAUUAUCCACCAUCCGGACUUUUACCGAGAAAGAGAAUAUCAAUUUCCAAGUGGAAAAUUUGUUAGAUUAACUAGUUUUUGGGUUGAUUUGUUAGCCAUGAUAUGAAAAAUUUUACAAAAAAAUACCCUAUAAAAAUUAAACUGACAGGAAAAAUAAUGGAAGUGUUUGCCAAGAAAAUUUUCGAGUCUUUUUUAUUCAAAGUUUUGGGGUUUCUUUUCUCAUAAGGAAGUCGUCUUCUCUCUUUGAAAAUGCCAAGAAAAAGUCUGACUAAUCAUCUUUCUCAUUAUUUCUCUUCCCCGAAGAAUGUUUUCUUGGAAGGAGAAAAAAAAAAAGAGAAAUGAUUGAUGAAACGGCGGCCCCGUAAUGAAUGCUUAUUGGGGCAUUCAUUGAAUGAUUCACAUUUAAGUCUUUGAUUGAGUUUUUUUUUCCGAGAAAUGGGAAGGUUGAUUUGAAUGGACUAAAAGUGUAAAAGUUUAAUCUUUGGAAGAAGGGUCAUUUUUGAAUUAAAGCUUAAGGAAAACAUUUUUUAUCGAAAGAACAUAGGCAAAGAUCAUAGAAAUGUUCCCUUUUUGCUACCUUUUUGCGCCAUUUUCUCGGCUGUUUUUGCACCAUUUUUUUGCUGCCUCUCUCCUUUUCCAAAAAGUCCUCGCUAAAUUUUUUUCGAUGUUUUUUUAUUCAAUUCGAUGGAAGGUAUUUAUUACUAGAUGGAUGGAAGAUGAAUUGAAGGAAUUGAAUGAAAAAGGAAGAAAUGAAGAAAAAAAUAUAUGAUUUGAAACGUAUUUAGGCGGGUUUCUAACCACCUGAUAUGAUAUGUUGAAAAUGACUGAAACGUGUUUUUUUGAGAUUUAAAGGUGUUAGAAUCGAGGGUUUAGGGAUUUCUUGAUUUUUCAACCUGGUUCAAAAAUAAUGAGAAGCGCUGUUUCUAACCGUAUUUGUAAGUUUCUGCAAAAUUGGAAAAGUUGGAAAAGACUCCAUAGAAAUGUUCCUGUUUUGCUGCCUUUUUUCGCCAUUUUCUCGGCCCUUAUGUACCAUUUUUGCUGCUUCUCCCUUUUUCCAGCAUUUAUUGACCUUUUAAAAUCCUAAAAAAAUAUGGAAAGCUCCAUAAAAGGACCCUUUUUGAGCCACUUUUCCGAUUUUGCCCGAGUGAAAAAAGGAAAAUUGGCUAAACUAUAUGAAAACAUAUAUUUAGUCAUGGCUUCUUGACGUUUUCUAACAUAUCAAAACUUCCUUAUCAUCAAAGAAACCCUUAAAAACCACUAAAAAGAGGAGCGAAAUGGAUAGAGAUUACUUCCAAAUAGUUGGGGGCGUUAAUCCGGGAUCUAUUUGGAGCUGAAUCCUGGCUUUGCUCAAGUUUUUCAAACUCAGAGAGCUAAGGUAGGGACUAAAAGGUCUAAUGGGUGUUUGAAUAGAAAAAAAGGGAUUUUUCCAAAAAGUUAAAACGUUGGAUCAUUUCAAACCGAAAAAAAGUUGAGAAAUUUUGCGUUUUUUCCUGUUUUUCCUCACGUUAAAAUAACCAGAAAAUGAAUUCAAUUUUUUUAUUUUUUUGAAUAGAAAUCCCUAGACAAGGAAGUAAUUUUUUUCGCCAAACUGGCUUAUCUUCCCAUGAAUGGAUAUAAUUAGAGGAUAUUAUCUUUUUUUAUUCCAAAGAUCUUAACUUUCCCAUUUUUUUCUUUUUUUAUUGUACAUCUUGUUCCUAGGGGAAGAAAAAGAUUGAAUUUUGGUUCUAUUUGUUUUUCGCAGACGUUUUUUUUUGCUUUCCUUAGGCCCCCAGGGCAAACCGAGAUCGAAUCUGCGAACUUAAUCGCUUUUCCGUCUUUUUUUCUUCUUCUAAUGGGAAACUCCCACGAAUGGCCGGAAAUUUGAAGGCCUUUUUGAUUGGGGAAAGAUAAUCGUUUUACUGGAAAAGACUUGGAAACACAGGUUUUCGGAAAUGAAGGGAAAUUGGAAGGUUAGGGGAAAAUAAUGAAGGUGUUCAACUGGAAAAUAAAUGGACAGGUGGAGAGGGAUAUAAUUAUCUUCACAGGGAAUCGCUUGAUUAACAUCAGCAGAAAAAUUUACUUUCUACUGUGUAUUUGUUGCAAUGGCCGGAUUGAACUAAAAAGAAAUUAAUUUUCAAAAAUCGCAUGAUUUUCCGUACCCUAAUGAACUGCGACAAUUUUAAAUGGAAAUAAAAAGCAAAAAUAACCUUAUUUUUUUGAUUAUGAAAUUUAACUCAAAUGUAGUCAAUAAAUAAUCUUUUCCCAAUUUCGAGGGCUUCAUUUUAAGAAAAACUUCUCGUUUUGACCAAAGGUAUUUUUUCAUUUUCAUUCAUAAAGGUUCUGAAGAAGCUCUGAAAUUUGAAAUGAGAAAUCGAGAAUGUUCUGAUUUUGAAAAAGGAGCAUAACCGCUUCAAAUCAGAGGUUUCAAAAUCGGUCCUAGUGAAGUAAGCGAGUUCUGGAGAAAGGAUAAAGUGAGAAAGCUGAAGAAAUCAGUGUAAAACUAUUUUUGAGGGUGUUUCAAAGUUUUUCAACAUGAUACAGGGUGUUCUCAAACAAAAAUGACCUCGUAUAGUCCAUUUGAAUGACGAGGCUUCAAAACGCAAGGGCCUUCCGAAGAAAAAGUCACUGCGCUCUUACUAUCGUGUUGGUGAGGGGUUGAUUAGGUUUUUUGGAAAGCCGAAGACUUUUUUUACUGGGGAAAAAACUUUUUGAUUCGAAAUCGAAGUUUCUUUGAAGAUAUGAUUUUUCGAAUCUCAAGAUAAAAAUCUUGAUUUCAACGAUUUUUGGUUUUUUGUUCCCAAAUCCGGUCUGACUUGAGAAAAUGAGUUUUUCUUCCGUGAAAGAGUUACUGCGUAGCUAUUUCAAAUUUUUGCAAAGUUUCAAGUAAUUUGAGUCACUUUCAGAGAAGUUAUGCUCGAAUAACCACUUUGAAAUACCUUUAUGGCCAGUACUGUACUUGGGAUUUUAAUUUUCGCGCCAAAUUUUUUUUUAACGUCUCCCCAACCCAUUUGGGAACGCCGUGCUUGGAUAUUGGAAGUAAUUCUGAAGCCGAUGAAAAACUUCCAUGAAGAAAAGCUCAAUUUUCAUCUUUCAGUCGACAAUCUCCCGUCGCCGAGCGGUUCUGGCCCCACGGCUUCUCCUACUUCAACCUCUCCUUCUGCCACUCCCAUUAGGUAAAUAUAAAUCCCCGUUUCAAAGAUUUUCGGCCAUGAUAAUAACCUUCUUUUCAAAAACUUCAAAUGUGGCUUUUUCGGGAUCAUUUUUGGAGAUAAUAAGCUUCCUUUUUUGUGGCGGGAAGGGCAAGUUGGUUGGUUUUUGAACGACGAACCUUUUGGUUCGAGAAACGGGGAAUUGCUCUUUUUUUUGUCCGAAAAGUGCAGUGGACAAAGGGAUAGACCUUUUAGUUCAACUUUUUGAUGGGAAAAUUGGGAAAAAGUGGUUUUUUCAAUGGUUUCUUAUAAAGUGACCGGAAAGGAAUGAAUUUUGAUUCCAGAGGGUUUUUAGCCCCCUCUCCAUCGAUCUAUAAUACCUGUACCCUUUUUUUGAAAAAAAUUGGAAUAUUCGCGGGAUUUCCAUAAAAUUAUGAAUUUCUAACACUUUUUGAUGCUUGAAAAUCCAAAAAAAUUCCGAAAAAUAUACCAUUUUUCAAAGAGAUAAUUAGAUAUUCCGCGUCAGAGAAAGCCAAAUAAAUAAUUCAUUUCCACUUGCAACUGAAAAAAAUAAGUAGUUUUUCCUUUUUUUCAAAAAGGUCUAGAAUUACGAGAAGAUCACUGAACAACGAAAUUUGAUACUUUUUUUCAGUAAAAGGGCCCGGAAAGUUAUGAAUUUUUCAUCAGAACUACAAUUUUUUUAUAAUCAAUUCACGCUUAAAAUGUCAUAUUCGAAAGAUGAAGGAACAUAAUUUGGAUUUAGAGCUCAAGAAAGUUCUUCGAAAGAACAUAGGCAAAUUAGGAAGGGCGGAAACAUUUUCCUUUUAGUUUGAUAAAGGCUCCUUUUUUGAGCCAUUUCAUCGGCUCUUAUGCACCAUGUUUGGUGUCUCUCCCCUUUUCCAAAAAUUCCUCGCUAGAUUUUUUCGAUUCGAUGGAAGGCAUUUAUUACCUAGUGGAUGGAAGAUGCAGUGAAUGAAAAGGAGAGAAAUGAAGAAAAAUAUAUGGUUUGAAACGUAUGUAGAUGAGUUUCUAGACACUCAAUACCUGAUAUGUUAUGUUAAAAAUGAUUGAAACGUGUUUUUAGAGAUUUAAAGGUGUUAGAAUGGAGGGUUUAGGGAUUUCUUGACGUUCAAACUGGUUCAAAGUAAGGAGAAGCACUGUUUCUAACCGUAUUUGUAUGUUUCUGCAAAAUUGGAAAAGUUGGAAAUGACUCCAUAGAAAUGUUUCUGUUUUGCUGCCUUUUUGCGCCAUUUUCUCGGCCCUUAUGCACCAUUUUUGCUGCCUCUUCCUUUUUCAACCUCCAAAAUCCAGAAAAAAAAAUGAAAGGCUCGAUAAAGGGACCCUUUUUCAUGUCUUUCUGCGACCCAAUUCAAGCCUUUUAGCAGCUAUUAUCCACCAUUCCGACUUUUCCUGAGAACCUAUUUUUUUUCUCCUGCUUCCGGGAAAAAUAUGACAAAUUCCCUCGCUCUGCACUUUUUCCAUGUGCAUAUUUACGUGCAAUUUGGCCUUUGAUGCUUUGGAAUGAGGAAUGGAAUAAAUUGAGCCAAUUCGAGUUUUUUUCUGAGGGAAAUUAAUGGCUUAUGUACAAGAAGGCAAGCUUCUCAUUCAAAAAUUUAAAAAAAUGGUCAACUCUGGAUGAAAAUUUAUUUUUGAAAGACGAUUUGAGUUCCUAGGAAAGACAUGAAUUGUCAGAAAAUAAGAUUUUUGAAUUUGAAGAUAUAUUUUUUGAGUUUCUUCGAUGUGAACAUGCCUCAAAAUGCUUAGAAAAAACUCUAAUUGGCUCCAUUUUUUUUUCCAAAGCAUCAAAGGCUGAAUUUCACGUAAAUAUGCAUGCGAAAAUAGUGCAGAGGAAGGGAACUUCUCCCUUUUUUGGAAUUUGAAAAAGAGAAGAGGGUUUUGAAAUGAGUCCAACCCCUAUAGGGGCCACUAAAGCUUGCAAAAGUAACCUCAGAGGGGUUUUAUUUAGUGGCCCCUAUGGGGGACAUAAUAUAUCCUAGGAUCUCCAGAAGAGUGGUCCGUGUAGAGACAACCUUAGGGACCUUCUAGGGACCACUUCAAAUACCCCUAUAGGGGCCACUAAAGCUUGCAAAAGUGAUCCCUAUAGGGAACAUUCUGGUCGAUAAUUGUUAUGAACUCAAAGCGAAGUAGCAUUUCCAUGGGGAAAAACUGAAUAAAUACGCGUUUUCGAAUAAAAUUGAGAGACCCCUAUAGGGUCCACUUGAGCUUUAGGGGCUAAGGGGUCAAGCCUUAAACUCCUAUAAGGACCACUUUACCACUAUAGGGACCACUUUUUUGGCCCCUAUAGGGGCUGUUUUUUGCAUAACCUCUCUAGGGACCACUCGGAACUCUUGUUCAGUACUUUGAUCCAAAAAACUUUCGAUUGGAAACUUUCCAUAAACCGCAAAAAUGUAUCAAGUUUCCAUGUUCGUCCAGUAACUCUAGACCUUUUUGGAGGGGGAAAGUCUCAACUUUUUUUUUCAAAGGGUUAAGUUUCAAAAUCAAUUGUUUGUGAUGCAUUUUUAUCAAUAUAGAGCAUUGUGAAACUAAAAAGACCUUUUUGAAUCGGAUUUAAAAAAUGCACAAAAUUUUUUUGAUUAAUUUUUUUCGAAUUAUUACGUCUACAAGCUAAGCUGAAGUGGGCCUUAUAGGGAGCAAGAAAAAACCCCUACAGAGGUCACUAUGGGACCCCCUAAAAUCCAAAAACCUCUUUAGGACCCACUUCAGCUUUUCACAGCACGUUAUCUCCAUCGAGAAUCGUUAGAAAACAGCGAGGCUGGGAUAUUUAAAAAUGUUAAAAUGGAUUAUUGAUAAAUGUUGGAGAGGUUGAAGGGAUAGGAGAUUUUUUGAUUUUUCGAGGAAAAUAUUUAAUUUUUCAUUAGCCAGGACAUUCCAAGGCUUUCAAUGUUCUUUGAAUGAACUUUAUCCAAUCUAAAAGUUCAUUAGGGCUUGAAUAAAUGAAGAGUGGCAAGGACUCCGUAAACAAUAAAAAUUCAAUUUUGCGGUUAUUUUAAGUGUUGGAUAAGUAGAGUGGAUUUCCCCAUUUUCUGAUAUUUUGAAGAAUUUCAAGGCUCUUCGAAUUUCCUGUGAAUUUUUCGAGAAAAAUAUUCUAUUUUCCGUUCUCCAGGACAUUCCAAAGCUUUCAAUGUCCUUCGAAGGAACUUUAUCCAAUCCAAAAGUUCAUUAGGCCUUGAUUAAACGGUGAGAGAGGGACAAUAUAUCCGUAUAUUUCGUAGGACGACGCUUUUCUUUGUUGUUGAUGUUUUGGGCAUCGUUUGACGUGCUUUUCCGUGCCCCCUUGGACCAAUAUUUUUGGCCCUUUUUUCAGUUUGAAGAGCCUUGUUUUUCUGGAAAGGGGUUUUGAGAAAAAAUGAGGGUGAAUAGUAGUUUGGAAGAUUGUAUGAUGAAUUGAAGGAAAAGUCAGAAGCUGGAAAAAAAAAGUAUUGAACCUUCAAAGAGAGCCUUACAAUUGAAAUCUGUUGAAAAAGGGAGUGACUGCAAAAUGGCCGCUAAAAGGGUCCCUUUUUACGACCUUUAUUGAACCUUUCUUUCUUGGUGGGCUAAAAAGAGUCAAAAAAAAGAGAGAGGCUGCAAAAGGGGUGAAGAAAGAGUGAGGGUGCGAAAGGGCUCUGAAAGACUCUGCUACUGAUGAUUUCCGAUUUUAUUACCGUAGCAUAUUUUGGUUCAUACACAGUCCCUUGUAAAAAUUAUUCUCAAUUUGAAAAAAAGUUUUUAUUUUUCAAAAGGGUCCAAAAAAGCUGGAUAAAGGCCGAUGAAAGGACGGAAAAAGGCAGUAAAAAGGAAACCGUUGUCACCCGUUUAGGAACAAUUAAUGGAAACAGACUGAUCCAUAACGGACCCUCAAAUGGCCCGUGAAGAGUUUUUCCAACUUUGCCUAUGGUGGAAAUAUUUUUGGAUGCGAAAAAAUCAUAGGCAAAGUCGGAAGGACCCUUUACGGGCCCCUUGUGCGUCCGUUAUGGAUCAGUCUGUAUCCAUGAAUUUUUCCUAAACGGGUGGCAACGGUUUCCUUUUUACUGCCUUUUUCCGUCCUUUCAUCGGCCUUUAUCCACCCUUUUUGGACCCUUUUGAGAAACACAAAAUGUUUUAAAUUGAGAAUAAUAUUUACCAGUGACUGUAUGAACCAAAAUGUGCUGUGGUAAUAAAAUCGGAUAUUAUCAAUGGACGAGACUUUCAGCACCCUUUUUUCACCCUUUUUUGAAACUAGUCGAGCUCAAUAAAGGCCACAAAACGAAAUCCUUUCAGCGGCCAUUUUGCACCCGUUUUCUGCACAUCAUUUGGCAUUGUAAUUUAGAUGAAAAUUAAUAUUUUUCAUUAGAAAAUGAAGUACAAACCAACCAGGUUAUUAAGUGUGGAAUAACCUUUUUUCUACCUGGGAAUAAUUUCUAAUCCCCCAAUUAAUUUUUUGUAGUUUUGAGCGUUUGUAGACUACAAAAUGCACAGAGGAAAGGUUUUCCUACUCAACUUUCUCAAGAUUUCCGUGAGAGAAAAAAGCUGCUGAUUGUAAAUUAUUUAUGCCGCGAAAGCUUCUUCGAGACCUUUGGAAUAAUAAAAUAAAAAAGGGGAAGAAAGUUUGAGGGGUUUUUGGCGCGAUUUUGAAGAAAUGGAGGGGAAAAAUAAUACUUGGAUCAGUACUUAAUCAGUUAACAAUUAGGCCAAAAAUGUCCAGAAAAAUUUAUUUUUUUCAAUAAUUUUAUCAAUUUCUGGCAUUGAAUAAAGUUCAUUUUAAAGGACAUAGAAAACCUUAAAAUUUCUGGAAAAAAAGAAAAUGUCAUUCCUAAUGGGGUGAGGGUAGCUGAGCGAGGCGUCAAAGUUUCUACAAAAAAAAAGUAAGCUGAUAAAAUGACGUCAUACACUGAGUAUCUAACGUUAAUAACUUGUUUGUUCGAUCGCCUUUGGCUGCGUACUUGAGAUUUGAAUUUUCGCGCCAAAUCUUUUUUUUUUGACGUUUGGAAACGCCGUGUCGGAAGCAUUGAACCACAUUAAGAAAAAAAAUGGCCUUUUCCGUGGUUCCAUUUUUUUUUUUGGGGGGAAGUUAAUCCGAAGAUUACCGAUUUUUAGCUUGAGUUCACAAAAAUCGGUAAUUUUUUUCAGACGACGUGAGCUUUCACCGGAAUCUCGAGCCGCUCGAGAAGCUCUCACCGACUUUUUGGUCUCGAAUUUGCCAACUUCGAUUGUUCAAGAAGUCACGAGACAGGUCAAGCAUGCCGUUAACAAGAUUUUCGAGGUAUACUUUGGGGUUCUAAUAACGAAAAUCAACACAAAAAUAACUUUUUGCAAAAUUUCGGGCUUUUUAGGACUUUUGUAGCCUAAAUCAACUAAAAAAAUAUUUUUUCGAAAAGCGAAGUUUUUUUAAAGGGAAUCUCAAUUCCGAUUAAAAAUUUUGGUAAUGUAAACUAUUCUAAUAGCGCUUGAAGCUUCAGCUUUUCUUAAAAAAAUUGAGUUUAGAAGUUUGAUAAAAAAACUUGAAAAUUAGUUAAAAAUCAAAUUUCGCAUUUGAAGGGUUUUUCAGAAAAAAAUAAAACUGACUCUGAGAGAGUGAAAAAUGAAGGCUAACAAGGGAGGUUACUUCAAGGAAAGCCUGAAAAUUUGCCUAUCCUGCGAUUUCUGUGACUGAAUGAAAUGUUUAUUUCGCUCAAAGACAGACUGGAUAAUUUUAAAAGUCUAAAAAGAGGAAUUUUCACGUUCUAGUUCAGUUUUUAAGUGGAAAAUGUUCUAUUCGUUGAUUUUUGUUCAGAAAGUGGGCUUUCACGUAUGAAAACUUAACUUUUACUUUAUUUCUACGUAUGACAACUUCAUUUUUAUUCUUUCUUCAUUUUUUGGCUCUUCUAACAAUGGAAUAUACGUUUCGGGACGUUUUAAAAUGACGAACUUUAUUAGUUUCAGUCGAUGCCAUGUAAUAGAAUGGACCCUUCUGCCAGUACCCAUCUCAAAACCUUGUAAAACUCCCAGAUUGAUCUGAAUCAUCUCUAUUAUUUACUAGCUUUUUAUCAUUCUUGAAAGAUUCCCAUUUUUCGAAGUCAUUUUUAUGUUGAUCAUUUUUCACUGUUUCCACAUCCUGGCAGGCAGGCUUGUGCGAGGGCCGGCCCGUCAGCCUCCCGGCCCCCUGACCAUUUUGUUAGCUUGGCCCGGCACGGCCUUAGCGGAGGCCUCAAGAAAAAAAUGGCCCGCCCGGCCCCAAAACGCGCAAUUUUUAUCUAGUCGGAUAUCAAGCUUUUUUUACGACAAAAAUUACGUUUUUUUGCUCAUUUUUUUCAUUUAAAGUUUAACAAAAACUAUCAUUUCAAAAGUAAAAGUAAAAUUUCGGUGAAAAAUUUUUUGAAUGAAAUUUUGGGCCGGGCCGCCUGGCCUGACGCACGAGCCUGCUUGCAGGGAAGGUAAUUUUACUUUGUGUUCGGAAAUUUCCUGAAAAUCGGCACUCCUUGAAGGUAAUUCUGGAAUUCCCAACCUGCACAACUUCCUAUUUUUUUAAUAAAAGACGCCUGAAAGUCGAAAAAAAUUUCAAAACCAAUUUAAAAAAAAGCUAUUUUGAGUUCUUAUUUCUCGAAAACUAGGAAGUUUUGCAGGUUGAGACUUCCAGAAUCUCCUUCUGGUACAACAAGGAGUGUUCUGGCCAAUUUUCAAGAAAUCCCCAACCGCAAAAAGAAAAUGACCACCCCUGUCAGAGACCAUUUUUAAAUUUUUUUGAAAAAAAAAUUUUUCAGCAGCAAAAAAAUCUUUUUUUACUACGCAUUUUUUUGUUUUUCAAGAUCGAAAUCUAUAUUUUUAAAGCUCCGAGUGGCGCCCGAAGAUUUGUCGGUCUCCGUUCAAGGCUUCUACCAAUACAUGUUCGAUAAACUCAACAAUUCGCCGUUUUUCGAUCAUGAAAGUGGGUUUUUCGGAUCUAAUUUGCAUAUUAGUUCAUAUAAAUAACAUAAUGAGUUUGCAGAAUGCCAGGUGAAGCCGCAAGAUGUGAUGGAGGAGAUCGAGAAGUAUAUUUGCACCUGCUGCUAUCCCCAAUUGUUCUGCGCCAGGUGAAUCAUUAAAGUUGUAAGUCAAGGAAAUGGGUUUUCAGGGAAAAUUUUGAAAGGACCCUUCUUUGAAUGAACUUUUCAUAAAGGGACCCUUUUUUGAAUGAACCUUUCAUAAAGGGACCCUUUUUUGAAAUAAAUGGAUUUUUAGGUUUUUUGAAAGACUUGAUUUCAUUGUAAAAAUGAAAAAAACAUGGGAAAAGUCGGUGGGAAAAAAUCUCUUUUUUUGCUGCCUUUUUGCGCCAUUUCAUAGGCUAUUAUGCACCAUUUUUGCUGCCUUUUCCUUUUUCCACCAUUUCUUGAACCUUUAAAAUCCCAGAAAAAUGGGAGGCUUGAUAAAGGGACCCUUUUUGCUGCUAUUCUUCGGCCUUUCUGCGACCUUUCUGCGACCUUUUUGCAGCCUUUCUGCCGCCUUUCUGCGACCUUUCUGCGACCUUUUUGCAGCCUUUCCCUUUUUAGAGUCCAUUAUCCAACCUUCCGACUUUGCCCGAGAAUUUACUUGAUUCAGUUUUUAAAAAAAUUGUAGGUUAAAAAUUAUGCUUUUUUUCAGCUCGGACGAGGAAGUUGCCGACGAAUCUCUACAAGACAGGAUCAGAUCCUUGCACUGGGUUACCGCCGGAUUCUUGGAAACUCGGCUGGACUUCAAAAAGCAGCCGGUUCGUUGGCAGUGAAAAACAUAACAUAUUAAAUUUGAAUAAAAUAGGUUUUUUUAAUCUUCUUGAAACUUUUUGAAGAGAGAAACAGUGAAAAAGACUUCUAAAAAAUGAAUUUUUUUCACAGCUUUUUUUAUGCGUUGCCCUUCUUUAGUUGGCUGGGAAAGGAUAUUUCGGAAAAACCUUUUUUUCAGAGCGGUGUUGAAUUAUGAAUAUAAUGAGCAUUUAGCUGAAAAACAGAUUUUUGAAAAACGAAGUUUUAGAAAGGCGAAUUUUUUUAACGUUUGAAAGAGUACCUUUAUCGAUAAGAGUGAAUAUCUUAGUUCCGAAUUAUACAUUUUUCUCUGGGUCGCGAUCGAUUUUAGGUUCCUUAAUAUUUUCGGAAACUACCAUUCAUUUGAAUAAAAUCAACUUAAUUUUCGGCGAAGGUAAAGAAUUCAAUUAUUGGGCACUUUUUUAUUGUGUUGAGGAAGAAGAUUUUGAAAUAGUUUUUUAUUACCACCAUAGGCGAAUCGAGAAAGGGUAUCGCGAGAUCCUCUGAGGUAUAUCGCAGGCUCUGAAGCCUCACGAUGGUACCUCUGAGGGUUUUGAGCAAAAUGAGAGAGACUCUGAAGUACCUCCGAGAUGACUCAGAUUCAGCUAAAAGGUAUUCUGGAGGCCUCACGACCCAUUUUAAGAGAUACCUUUGUGGACACUUUGUGGUACCCUCUCGAUUCGCCUGCGACCAACAAUAUCAAUACUAUCAAGAUCGACAUAUUUCUCAGGUCCGUGACCGAUUGGACGAGGCGAUCGGAGAGAUUAUCGAGUUGAAUGGCAGAAGAUCGACGGAGGAGAAGUUGAAUUGCCUUGUUCGAUGUUCACAUUUCAUUUUCUCGGCUCUGAGUGAAAGCGGUUCGAUUUUUCACAUUUUUUUGAUGAGAAACUUUGAGCCAAAAAAAGUAGAACAUUGAUAGGGGGGCGCGGUUUGAGGGGUUAGGCCGCACCCCGGGGUGGGAUCCAGCCGACGAAAUUUUCAUCGAAAUUUUUAUAGAUCAUCCAGCCGACGUAUGCUUCCCAUCCUUCAAGAACCUUUUCCAGGAGCCCCAACUUCUGCCGACGAAUUCUUGCCAGUUCUAAUCUUCAUUUUGCUGCGCGGAAAUCCGCCGUUGAUCCAGUCAAAUGUCAAGUUCAUCAGCCGUUUCGCCCUGCCUUCUAGGGUCAUGAGCGGGGAAUCUGGUCCGUUUCGAAUGAAAAUCAAUGAAAAAAUCGAUAUAUUUAGCGUAUUUCUUCACGAAUCUCUCGUGUGCUCUCCAAUUCGUGCAGGACAUGAAUCAUAACAGCCUGAAAAUGGAGCGGAGCGAAUUCGAAGCCUACACUUCGGGACAGCUGGCGCCUCCCUUGAAUGCAGCCAAUUGCGCUUGUAAUCAGGUAUUUUUAGAUUUGCACGACAAAUACAAUGAGAGAGUGAAAAGGAUUUCUUACGAAUAUUUUUUUAUAAAAAGAACAGAUUUUUUUAUUUGAUUGUAAGGUUAAUAAUGUGAAGAUUUUCUUUUUGAGAUGCGUAAUAACUUCUUUUUCUAAAUAAGAAUUUGAACAUUUCCAACACUUAUAAAGUUUUUACAAAUCAUUUUGUGUAGAAAAUUUCAACUUUUGAGGCCUAAAGAUCAAUAAAAAUUUUUUUCCUUUUCGGGAUGAUUUUCUAAAAAAAAUGGGGCCUCGAAAAAAAGUGAUCUUUUCGUUAAUGUUUUGCGCUGCACCCCUGCGUUGAACCUGAAUGGGGUGACCGGUCAGAAAUAAAACUUUUUUUAGCUACCGAAACGACCCAGCCUGAAACGGUAGAAAAUGGUGAUAUUGGGAAACAAACCGCUUCUGUACGGAAAAAGUACCUUAAUAGGCAUUUAAAGCUAAACGGGGUGCACCCCCUGAUUACACUGCGGGGGAGUUCGAUGUGGGGUGCACCGCAACUUUUGUUAGAGCUCAACAAAAAACUUUUUUCAAACCAACAGUUUUUACAGGCCAUAAACAUGAUCGAAAGCGCCCUGGAUCGCGUCAAGUUAUUGAUGGACGAACAACAGCAGCUUUUCAGCAAAAUCGACCAGUUAGAACGGAGGGUCACUGUGUUAGUUUUGUAAUAAAAUGUAUUUUCUAUAAAAAGUUUGUUUUUAAGUGAAGAAGCUGAGCUGGUCUCGGAGUUCAGCAGAAUCGCGACUAGCUUCCCCAGCGAGGAGUACAAGCGGCUUCAUCAAACGGUUCGUUUCAUAAAAUCAGGAGCAAAAAUUCAAAAAAAUGAACUGAAAUCUUCAAUUUUUUUCUGCGUAUUGUCGUUUGAAAGCAGCCCCGAUAAAUGGGAAAUAAGUAGUUUCAAAUUUUUUCCCGAAAUGUUUUUGUAAAGAAGUCAAUAAGAUUGAAUUGCAAUUUUUUUGGCUUCUUUAUAACGAAAUUGAAUAUUUUUAAGCUUGACUAAAAGCUUAACAGUUUCUUGCGCUCGGUUGACCGUAUUUUACCAUAUUUCAUAGAAAGUUGCAGUAUUUUUUCGAUCAAAUCAACUCCAUUCUCCUCAGAUCCGCGAAGAGGAGAAGCUGACGAUGGACGCGAUGUCGCGCUUCUCGCGGCAGUCUUCUGACUCGGGCCAUGGAACUCUGACGGUGGCGGGCACGGCCAGCGCCCCCGGGAGUCCCCAGCCACAACUCGAGCCGUCUUCUCAGUCUCCCUUGGCUGCUGUCUCGGGACAAACUCCGAAGAAAAGUUGA